GCAUUCGCCGCCGGAUACACACGCACGCUUUUGUGUGAUAGUUCAGAUCUGACAGGUGUAUCGCGCGUUGGCACGUCGUACAGAUUUUGUUUAUCAUGAACGCGCUAGUGCAAUAUUUCAAGUCCAUUCCAACGCACAUGGAUUAUGACGGCCAAGCGAGAGCAGAAAGACUGUCGAGGGUAAUAAUAACGUUGUUUGGUGUAGUCGGAUUAAUAUGGGGAUACAUUAUUCAACAAUUCUCACAGACAAUUUAUAUUUUGUACGCUGGCUUUGCUCUAGCUGUGAUGCUCACCGUACCUCCGUGGCCCAUAUAUCGCCACAAACCAUUGGACUGGCAAAAACCACAGUCGGAAGCUCCAGCUAAAUCUAAAAAGAAGAAAUAAAUACAAAAUAUUAAUUUUAAUUAUAUGAAAAAAAACAAUAAUUUGCACUGUGUGAUGAACUGAAAUCGAACUCAUGUGUUGCCAACAAAAUUUGUGUUCGGCAACAUGAGUUUGAUUUCUGUAAAUAAAAAAUCCAUACUUAAUCUA